AUGAUCGCCCUCGUGCGGACUGCAGACGCCCUAGACGAAUGGGAUCUGUUGAGAGCCAUCUAUGAGCAGGGUGAGAAGGGAAAUUCCUCGUUCUGGGUCACUUUUGAGCUGCGAUCCAGUUACGGCAUUUCCCUUUCAAGGUCUCCGAAGCAUCAGGAUGAAGCGCUCGCAGUGUUUGAGGAACUCAUGGAUAGAAAGAUUGAACCCGGAUUUGAGUACUUCGAGCGCAUGAUGCAAAACCAAGUACUGCGGUACAUCAUGCCAAUGUACACAGCGCGAGUCGCGGCGUCGAAAAUGACGAAGACGGAGCCGCCCGAGUUCGAAGAAAGAGUUGACCGGCUGCACAAGGAUUUCAUGAAAUCUUACGAGAAGAGCGAUUCCAUGCCGCUGACCGUACUCUAUUUCUCAAGAUACUACCUUGCCCGUGGAAAAUCUCAGAAAGCAAAGGAAGUAGCAAGGGAUCUGGUAUCACAGUCUCUUGAGAUGAUGCUGAAUGACGACUCAAGCGACGACUAUCAGUGCUUCUGGCAAUUACAGGCACUUUUCUGGACCUUCAAAGACAUUGACAACGCCAUCGCAGCAGUGACUAUGCUUGCAGCGGUGGAAUACACGGAACAUGUGAGGAAUAAGGAACAAUGGGAAGAGCAAAUGAUCGAGUGGAGGCGCCGCAAUGAAUCGAACAAAAACAAUAGCAAUGGUGAGGUUCACGACGGCGGAAAUCACUUGCCUCAUCCAAGACACGGAGCGAACACCACACAUAGUCAAGACGACUCCCCCGAUGCACGGGCAGCACCACCUCCCUCAGUAUCCGGUAUCGAAUUGGCGCCAGAAGAACACGACGAUGAUGGCCAGGAAUCAGGGAAGCCUAAAGAGCCCAUAUACGGCAUGAAAAUACUUUGUGACGGCUGUGACAAGGAGUUUGAUAAUCCAAACGGUAUGUGGACGUGCAUAGAUGAGUGCGGUCAAGUCCAAUUCGACGAGGAAUGCCUCAAGAAACUGCAAGAGGGCACCCUAGGAAAUUUCGUUUGCAGCAAAGACCACCUCUUUGAGAAAUUUCCGGAACAAAAAUUCAGGGUCAAGGAAUUGUCCAAGGACGAGGUCCGAAUUAAAGGAAACAUCCUUUCACUGAAAGCUUGGGGGAAAAUUAUAGAACAGCAGUAUGCAACGAAAGCAAACAAGGUGUAG